AGUAAUUGAAUUGAGUUAACCAAAUGCUUGAAAUUUGAGAAAAUGAAAUGAGUGAUGGAUUUUGCGGUACUCAUUUGCAGAUCAUGGUUAGGACCAGAGGAUUAGGUCGUGCCUUAGGUCAGGUCACUCGCAGAGGUGUGGGCAGAGGAGAUCAUGAUGAUUCCGAUGAUGCUCCACAGCGUCGAUGACCUACUGCAUCCGCACGGAGGCAGCGAGUCGCUGUGACUGCGGAGCACGUCGAUGAGCCAGUCAUCGCUGACCCAGACGUUCAGGAUGACCCGAUGGAGGCACCAGCUGCUGUGGAGGACAUUCCUGCGGACGCAGGCGCAGAGGCGGCUGAGGAUCAGCCUCAGGGAUUUCCGGAUGGUCCGAGCGACCCAUCUGUGCUGACAGCAUAUGCGGAUCACGUUGCUUGCAGCGUAUGGACGGGAGAGGAGCGUCCUGAAUUGAAGUUAUCCUCGCAUGGGAGGAAGGUCCAUAGUUUAGGCAGGCAUGUCCCUGCCAUUGAGGGACUUAUCGCUGAUACAGGACUAAGUCCUCUGAUCGCGUGUUCAGUAGACACCGGCGAUCGGGGACUUUUGUCCGCGUUUGUGGAGCGGUGGCACUGGGAGACGUCUAGUUUCCAUCUCCCGGUGGGUGAGCUCACCAUCACAUUGGACGACGUCUCCUCUCUUCUCCAUCUUCCCAUUAUAGGCGACUUUCACGCAUUUGAGCCCUUGCACGUAGAUGAUGCGGUUCAGAUGCUGGUGGACUUGCUGAUGGUGUCUCCAGAGUCUGCUAGGGCUGAGACAGUCCAGUGUCGCGGAACGUACGUACGCCUGCAAUGGGUACGUGAUAUAUAUCAGCGCCGAUGCCAGGCAAGUCAUUGGACAGCUGCGGCUCGUGCAUAUCUUCUUCACCUGCUGGGUUGCACUCUGUUUGCUAACAAGAGUGCAACCAAUGUCCAUGUUGUCUACUUGGAGGCCCUUUGGGACCUUAGUAUGAUAGAUAGGUACGCUUGGAGAGUGACUGCUUUGGUUCAUAUGUAUGACCAGCUGAACGAUGCAUCCAUGAGUCACAGUCGACAGCUUGGCGGUUACAUCACACUGCUGCAGUGCUGGAUUUACGAGCACUUUCCCUCAGUUGCGGAGUCCACCGCUGAUCAGGACUACGAUGAGGCUUCUCCGCGUGCGUGCAGGUGGAUUGCGACGAAGAAGACGGUGAAGAGCAUACGCACGCCGUCGUAUAGGGAGCGCCUGGACCGACUCCGGAUUCCGGAUGUCUGUUGGAUCCCGUAUGGGGAGCAUCGGGAGGUCCGAGACUUCCACGUCAGAUCAUGCUACUCCGGUCUCUUGCGCUGGGGGUCUGUUGCUGUGUAUUACUGACCGGAGAGGGUCGUGCGGCAGUUUGGUUACACGCAGACCAUUCCUGCUCCUCCUGUCGAUUCAUGGGUCUCGUAUGAUGAUAUACACGACAGGUGGAUGCACUACGAGGAUCAUAUCGUACCUGCAGGUGAGGUGUGCGUGGUGCCAGGGGUGUGUUCCAGUGACUACAUCGAGUGGUUCUUCCGCAUCUCCCAUCCUUUCACGACACCAGGCCACGCAGUAGAUCCUCUGCCUCAUGGUCACGCCCCGCAGCCCCGAGUCGUCCCUCAGGCCCCGCAGACGGAUAUCCCUUGCGUGCCGGAGCCAGGAGCAUCGUCGACAUCUACGGAGGAGCCCAGACAUGCAGUGGAAGUUUGUGAUGACAUUGCUGAGCGGUUGGAGCGCCAUCUGAGUCUAGGGGUGGUCACGCUUGGCUCAUCGACACAUGAGGUGAUCAAAGAAUGCCUCAGAUUGGCCAAGAGUGUCACACAAGACCAUCUAGUAUACGUUAGGUGUAGACGCAGGCGACACACUGAUCAUUGUAUAUACAUAUUUUACAUUGAUAUUCCUUGUAUAUACAAAUAUUGUACAUGAACUCAUUUCAUGAGUAUUAUUGGUUUUAUUUAUUUUCA